AAUGCCCCUCUUCCAGCGGGAAGCCCAACCACGCGGACAUCCUGCUUGUCAACCUACAGUAUGUGUCAGAAGUGGAAAUAAUCAAUGACCGCACAGAAACCCCCCCUCCCUUGGCUUCCCUCAAUGUCAGCAAGCUCGCCAACAAAGCGCGGACGGAGAAGGAGGAGAAGCUGAGCCAGGCCUAUGCAAUCAGUGCUGGGGUCUCGCUGGAGGGGCUUUUUUUUCCAUCCACAAGACGUAACAUUAAAGACUGUAAAUGGCAGGAGAAGAACAUCGUUGUGAUGGAGGAAGUUGUCAUCGCCCCCCCCUACCAGGUGGAAAACUGCAAAGGCAAAGAGGGCAGCGCGCUGAGCCACGUACGCAAGAUAGUGGAGAAGCACUUCCGAGACGUGGAGAGCCAGAAGGUGAUGCAGCGUUCACAAGCACAGCAGCCACAGAAGGAGACCCCCCUGUCAUCCUGA